CAUCAGUCCCCGCUCGCCAUGAGAACAAUUACGCCAGCCACUCACCCACCCUCCCAUCAGAGGAACCUGCUCCUCUUCCACACAUCGAUGGGCAGCGGGUUGUCAUCGGGCGGCAGCUCACGCACAUCGGGCCGGGCAAUAGGAGGGAAGUGGUCCGCCUCAUCAGCAGACGGCAGGAUCAGCUCCUCCCCAUCUCCACCUGCCGCACCCUCGUGCUGCUGUUGUUGUAGUCCUUCAAGCUGUGGCUGUCUGGUCUCUUGCGCGUCGAUGUGGCCGUCAUCAGCCACGCCGAUGUCACGAAAUGUGUCGGGCAGCAACUCACCACAGCUGCACAAACGGCACACACAUGGACAGCUUGGUUGGAUCACUCUUUCGAUCUGCCUGCCCCCCCACACACAUACCGGUAGAUGGUGACGGGUCUCCUGGGUCUGCCCAUCACUGUGCCGACAUCUUCGAUGGCCUCGAGGGCGUCCCAGCCGUCGAUGAGCUGCCCGAAGACAACGUGCUUGCCGUCAAGCCACGGACAGGGCGCGAAAGUGAUGAAGAACUGGCUGUUGUUGCUGUGCCGACGGCGCGUCUUGGCCAUCGACAGCACACCCCUGAAUGAUCAAUUGCACCCAUUGUGUCACACAUACAAACACGGGCAGCUGUCCGCUGUCUGCCCCUGUGUGUGUCUGAGUGCACUGUCUGACCUCUUGGAGUGUUUGUAAAGGAACUUCUCGUCCCUGAAGAACUGCCCGUAGAUGGACUCCCCGCCAUGCCCGUCGCCCAUGUUGAAGUCGCCACCCUGGCACAUGAACCCAGGCACCACUCGGUGCACCGGCACACCCUUGUACCACCGAGGCCGCAGGUAGUAGCCCAGCCCGGUCUCGCCAGUGCACAGGCACCUGAAGUUCUCGGCCGUGAUGGGCAGCUCGUCGGCGAACAGCUCGAAGACCAGCCGCCCGACGUCCCGGCCGCCCACACUCAUGUCCAGAAACACACGGGGAGAGGGCACCUUCGGGAAGCGGGAGGCCAGGCUGCUUCCACUCAUCUCCUCGAGCAGAUCAGCACGAUUCUGGUGACGACAUCACGUAGCAGCUGCCGUCAGCACCAGAUCUCCGCGUUUCGGUUGAUCCAUUUUUGUUG